GCGUGACGCGGGGCGGGGCCCGACAGCCGGCAGCGCAGCGGAGGCCGCAGGCCCCAGGCGGACCCCGAGCUCCGGUCCCGUGGGGCGCGGAGCCCGCGUCCAGGCCUGUGUGCGCCCCGCCCGCCCCCGCCAUGGCCCUGGUCAGCAUCAACGAGCUGCCCGAGAGCAUCCUGCUGGAGGUGUUCACGCACAUCCCCGCCCGCCAGCUGCUGCUGCGCUGCCGCCCGGUCUGCAGCCUCUGGCGGGACCUCAUUGACCUGGUGACCCUCUGGAAGCGCAAGUGCCUGCGGGAGGGCUUCAUCACCGAGGACUGGGACCAGCCUGUGGCCGACUGGAAGAUCUUCUUCUUUCUGUGCAGUCUCCGCCGGAACCUCCUGCGCAACCCGUGUGCUGAAGAGGAUAUGAAGUCCUGGCAAAUUGACUGCAAUGGGGGAGACGAAUGGAAGGUGGAGAGCCUCCCUGGAGACCACGGGACAGAUUUUCCUGACUCCAAAGUCAAGAAGUACUUUGUCACAUCUUAUGAGAUGUGCCUCAAGUCCCAGCUGGUGGACCUCAAGGCCGAGGGCUACUGGGAGGAGCUGCUAGACACGGUCCGGCCUGAAAUUGUGGUUAAGGACUGGUUCGCGGCCAGAGCCGACUGUGGCUGUACCUACCACAUCCGAGUGCAGCUGGCCUCCGCCGACUACAUCGUCCUGGCCUCCUUCGAGCCCCCACCUGUGACCGUCGAUCAGUGGAACAGCGCCAAGUGGACGGAGGUCUCGCACACUUUCUCCGAUUACCCCCCCGGCGUCCGCCACAUCCUCUUCCAGCACGGAGGCCAGGACACGCAGUUCUGGGCGGGCUGGUACGGGCCCCGCGUCACCAACAGCAGCAUCGUCAUUGGCCCUAAGGUGACCGGGGACCCGGCCCGGUUCCCCGCUCAGCCCGAGCACACACAGGGCCGGGAGAGGGCCGCCCGCUUGCCCUCCUCGCUUCAUCUCCACUGACAGUGUCUGCUAGCCACUCCUCCGUCCUGUGUCUGGACCAAACCACCCGCAGCAGUGCCCUCCACUGAGGCUGCGCUGGGCGCAAGGCCCUGCUGGGGAGCUGCUGCCCCACUUCCAGCCUGGAGCAAACCCACCAGUUGGCGGUAACUCCGUCACGUACUCUGACAUUUUGUGACAAUAAACGUUUUCAGUAAGACCA